CUUUAGAAAACGGCACAGUGAAACAAGUGUUUAAGAGAAAUAAACGACUGAAGUCAAAGACGAAUAACUUACAGAUAUGGCAUUAGAGACAUUGACAUGGUUGAAUCUAAGCUUCGUGGAAAAGAUUCUGCGAAAAUCGGAAGAUGACGAAUCGAUUCAGAUGAUCGAUAUAUGUUUGGAACCAGCCACGAGCAAGGGUGACAACUACACCAGCGACAUGAUCAGGAUUACUGCCGAAUAUUCGCGCGAUCAAGGCAGCUGUAGUAUUAAAGAGAAAAUAUCAAUUAUCCUUAAAAUCUUGCCUGAACUCGGAAGUGUCCGACAAAAAUUUGUCAUAGAAUCAGGUCUUUUUCAUAUCGAAAUGUUGAUGAUGUCAAAUACAUUGGAUAAAAUGAAUAAGUUGUUAGAGCCAAAAUAUCGUUUGAGCGCGAAGAUUCUCUACGUGCAAAAUGAAGAUCCAAUGUUUCUGGCGAUCGAAGAUCUCGCGUCUCUCGGCUUUCAAAUGGCCAAUCGUUUGUCUGGUCUUGAUCUAGAUCAUUCCAUAUUGGCGCUUCGCAAUCUUGCCAGAUUUCAUGCAGCCUCCGUAGCCCUAUGCGAGAAAGAGCCAAAGCAAAAAGAAAUGUAUUCGAAAGGACAAUUUAACAAGCAACAAUCACCAAAAAUGAAGGAUAUUUUCAUUAAGUGUACUAAAGGUUUAGCAGAAGAGAUUGCACAUUGGCCUGAAGUAAAACAAUACUCGGACAAAAUAGCUAAACUCUCCGAUCACAUAUAUCAAAUAGGAAUAGAUGCAACAAAGCUUUGCAAAGAAGAAUUUAAUGUUAUUACUCAUGGUGAUUUUCACGUGAACAAUAUGUUGUUCAGGUAUAACAAUGAUGGCAAACCUAUUGAUCAUAUUUUUGUAGAUUUCCAAAUGUGCGUUUACGCAACGCCGGCACUCGAUUUAUUAUUUUUUUUUAAUACAUGUCCUUCCUUGGAUAUUAUGGAAAACAAGAAAAAUAUUCUAUUAAAUGAAUAUCUUAACACCUUAUUGAUGACUAUGAAGGAAUUGAAUUGCAAGACGCCGCCGCCUACUAUGGAGGAACUGAAAGCUACCAUGAAGCGAAAAGCUGACUAUGGAAUGAUAAUAUUCUUCGUCGUUUUACCAUUUAUGCUGUGCUGUAAGACUGAGGCAAAAGAAUUGGAUGAAUUAUGGAGCAUUGGUAUAAAUCCAGGUAUCAAGAACGAGAUUUAUAAAAAGUUACUAAUAAAAAGACUGCCACUAUAUGACGAUUGGGGUUUAUUGGAUCUCUAA